AUGUCGUCGCUCUCCAAACGAACAAAAUUGGCAUCCCUGGUAGGUUACCACAUCAGAGUGUACACGGUGGAUUCUAGGCAGCUUGUUGGCGAGCUUAUCUCUUUUGACAAACACAUGAACUUGGUUAUCAGUGAGACCGAAGAGUUCAGGGUCACCAAAAAGUCGUAUGCUCAAUUGAAGAAACAAGCACAACAGAAGGCCGGCCAGCCCUUAGACGAAUCCAACAUCCAAGAAACCAAAAGGUCGCUGGGACUGAUAAUACUAAGAGGUGAACACAUAGUAAGCGUAUCAAUAGAGGGAAAACCAAACACCCACCAAGGAUCCCGGAUUAAUAUCAGCAACUCCGGAGGCAUCCCCGAGGCUAAAGGCGUUAUACGACCACUAAAAGCCGAGCCAGCUCUCACCAAACCCAUAAAGACCACCCAUAGAAUCACCAAACCACAAGGUUUCAGAAAGGUGUAA